CCUGCGUUCUCCCAGGUUGUGGAAACGCUGCAGCCCGCUGGUCUGUGUCUGGGUCCCUCUCUCGCGCAGAGCUGCUCAAGACCCUCCUACUGGCUGGGCUUGGGAAGGAGGAGGCAGUCUGCUCUGCUCGCAACCUCGGACGAGCCCCCUUUUACCGCCCUGUCAGUGUGGAGGAGAAGGAGAGAGAGAGAGAGAGAGAGAGAGAGAGAAAGAGAGAGAGAGACUGAGUGAUAGAGAAAGCGCACGCGAGAGAGAAAGAGAGAGAGCAACUGUGUGACAGAGGGAAAGAGAACAAGGCAGGCUGCUUAGAGGAGUGAGAGAGCCAAGGACGAAAUAAGGAACACAUUUUACAAGAGCAGGAAGAGGGAGGAUCGCAGACGAGGGACUCCUUCUCUACUGGGCACCUGGGACACAGUCACUGUGUUUUUUUUUCCACUCAUCUUUUUGCUGGAACCCAGUGGAUUGACUAACCAACCGGUGGAUUUUUUUUUGUUACAUUUGCUUGUGCCACAUCAUUUAGAAACUGGGAUAAUCUCCCUGUGCUAUCAGCCCUUCUGCCGGCUCGACUCGCUACAAACUGAGAUUGCUUUCUAGUUCUGUGCUCGACUCUCGUGUUGUUGUGAUCCUGCUCCGUGCACAAAGUGCAUCUGUCGGCAAACCGGUGCUGAAGAUAUCCCUCCUCUGUCAAACAGGACAGCGCGCAGCCACCGUCGGAUCAGACUACAGAGGAGAGAGAGAGAGAGAGAGAGAGAGAAAAAGAGAGAGAGAGAGAGAGAGAGAGACGGUGUGUGUAUGUAAGAGAAGGAAAGAGAGAGAGAGGGGCAGUGAGAGAGAGUCAGAUUCACAGUGUGUUUGAGAGGGAGGCAGAUUAAAGCCCGGCCGAAAGACUGGAGUGAAACAGCUUAAAUAGAGAAGUGAACCUAUACGUCCUCUCCCGUUUUCCUUGCCAUCCCUUUCCUCCUUCUCUCCUCCUCCUCUUCCUCUCCCGUUUUCCAAUAUUCACAGGACUGCCAGAGCUACUGCCACCUGCACCUCUUCACGUCUUCUCUUUCCUCUUCUUCCUCUACCUCACCCUUAUCGCGCGUUACUAUCCGAUACCGGCCACUGACGGACACGCUUGCCCUCGGUUCUAGCACUUGUGGAAAUAUUUCCAUUGAUCCAGCGGUGAGAGACUGAGCAUCCGCCCGAGACUCUGAGGCUCUGGACCGGUGAGGCACCGUUUGUCAGGAGCUUCCCCGUCAGAGGCAGAUCUUCUCGUAGCUGCUGUCCAGAGUGCAGAACCUAUCUUGUUCCCUGGAGGACCGGCUAGCGGCACAGUGGUGCCCCGACAGCAAAGACAGGAAUCACACAGCUCCUCCGCUGCCUCUAUCCCAUUGCUAGCUACUUGGCAGCUCCCGCCCCCGUGUCACCAUUCCCUGCCUCAGUGCUAAGGAUUCCAGCUACAUGGGCAAGCGAUUGGAGCAGCAGCCAAUGUACCCUCAGUACACCUACUACUACCCCCACUAUCUCCAGACCAAGCAGCCCUAUGCUCCACCCCCUCAUCCCAUGGCUCCUCCCAGCCCAAGCACCAACAGCUGCAGCCAGGGAGGGGCAGAGCAGCUGAGUAAGACCAACCUGUAUAUCCGAGGCCUGCCACCUGGGACCACCGACCAGGACCUCAUCAAACUCUGCCAACCGUAUGGAAAAAUAGUGUCAACCAAGGCCAUUCUGGAUAAGAACACCAACCAGUGCAAAGGCUAUGGCUUUGUGGAUUUUGACAGCCCAGCUGCAGCACAGAAGGCCGUGUCGUCUCUCAAAGCCACCGGGGUGCAGGCCCAAAUGGCAAAGCAACAGGAGCAGGACCCCACCAACCUGUACAUCUCCAACCUGCCAGUGUCUAUGGAUGAGCAGGAGCUGGAGAACAUGCUGAAGCCGCUGGGUCACGUCAUCUCCACGAGGAUACUGAGGGAUGCCAACGGGGUCAGCAGAGGAGUCGGCUUCGCCAGGAUGGAGUCCACAGAGAAAUGUGAAGUAGUGAUACAGCAUUUCAAUGGAAAAUACCUGAAAACCCCGCCAGGCAUUCCAGCUCCCACGGAGCCUUUGCUGUGCAAAUUUGCCGACGGAGGGCAGAAGAAACGCCAGAGCCAGAGCAAGUACCCUCAGAACGGGAGGCCGUGGCACAGAGAAGGCGAGACUGGCAUGGCGUUAACAUAUGAUCCCGCUGCAAUGCAGAAUGGGUUCUACUCCUCGCCUUACAGCAUCGCCACCAACCGCAUGAUUGCACAGACCUCCAUCACGCCCUUCAUCGCUGCUUCCCCCGUUUCCACAUAUCAGGUCCAGAGUACGUCAUGGAUGCCUCAUCAACAAUAUGUUAUGCAACCUACAGGUGCAGUGAUCACGCCAGCCAUGGACCACACUAUGUCCAUGCAGCCUGCCAGCAUGAUGGGCCCUAUCACCCAGCAGAUGAACCAUCUGUCCCUGGGCACUACAGGAAGUUACAUGACUGCUGCAGCUGCCGCUGCGCCUAUGCAAGGGACCUACAUUCCCCAGUACACUCCUGUGCCUCCAACAGCCGUCCCUGUCGAAGGAGUGGUGACGGACGCCUCCCCCCAGACAGUGGCUCCCUCAUCACAGGAGGUGGCUGGUCAGCAGCAACAGAUCCAGGUGGACAGCGCUGCCGACCAUGUUCCUGCUUACUCAUACCAGUCCAAAUAGCAACGGCCUGAGCGAAUGUUCCUGUGACAGCGUUGCCUUGAGACAGAAGGUGGCUGCACUGUGAAUGUGAGGAAAAGAGAAAAGAAAGAGAUUGCUUCCAGAUUGCCCAGGCACCAAAAAAGAGACACUUUUUUCAUUUCCUACCUGGCCUAAGAGUAAAAAAAAAAGAAGAAGAAAGAAAGAAAAAAAAACGCAAGAAGGAGGUAAAGAGUGCUGAGGAAGGGGAUGGGGAAAUUGCUGGGCACAGUGCAAAGAAGUGAAAUUGUUUAGUCUGGGAACCUGCCUGAAGGGCUGGGCUGAAGCUUGAAAAGUUUCUCAAAGAAAAAUCUCAACCAGUAAAAAAAAAAAAAAAAAAAAAGAAGAAGAAAAAAAUCAAUAAAAAAUGACAAAAAAAAAAAAAAGGUUGAAUGCGCAGGUAGGUGAUGAAGUUUAUUUUGUAAUUAGAAAAGGGGAGUCAAGUUUGAGAUACACAGAGAUUGUCUUCCUCAGAUAUUAAGCUACAAUUUUCUUUUCACUCUUUUUUAUGUUCUAGUGUUAAAUUUUAGUUUUCUAGAUAUAUUUGAAAACAAAGUGUUUUUUCUUUCUUGAAUCUUCAUGGCCUUAAUUUGAAGGGCGCCAGAAACUUUUUACAGAGUUAAAGUCUGACGUCUGGUUAGGAAAAAAAAACAAAAAACAAAGCAAACAAAAUCAGUCUCUUGGACCACACGGAGGGUACAAGACACUGGAUGAGUUGUUCUAAAGAGGAAAAAAGAAUCUAUCACAUAAGCUGUACAGAUUUAAUAGAGAAGAGCUUUUUUUCGUUUCUUCAUUAGAAGAAAACUUUGAUAAUUAUUAUGUCAGAGGUAACUAAGUGUCAGAAGAAAACAAAAUGUCUGUUGGGGAAAAGACUCUGGGGAGGGUAGUGGGGUGGGGGGGCGAGCUUUGAAGAGAUUUUUCACAAUGAGGAAAAAAAAAUGAAAACAUAAGAAAAACAUGCUGCAUUGUGGAUGCAGUCUGUUGCAAUUGCUGAACAUGUUUUUUAUUAUCAUAAUUAUUAUUUUACAUGGCAAAGUUGCUGUCAAUGACAUUAGUGCUUUUUAUCUGCCACAUUUUACCUUUUUUAUGAGCUUUAAGAUGUUUUUAGCCCGCUUUGCUUGUCACACUGCAAAAAGAGAAAAAAAAAAUUGAGAAAAAAAAAAGAAGAUGAAAAAAAUAGAUAUAAAAUGAAAAAAAAAAAACUACGGAAAAAAUUCUGGCAGUGAAAUAAAAAUUCAGUAGAUUCAGUAGGAGCUUACGGUUUAAACCAAUCAGUGCAAAAGCAAUAGAAGAAAUUGUUGACAAUUUCUGUAGUCUUUCCUAGUUGUGGAUCAAAUGCAGCCCAUGGAUGGCCAUUUUUAUACCAAAGAUGAAGAGACACUCUGAACCAGAGUUUUUUUUGUUCCGUUUUGUUUUCCUUUUCAUUUUUCAGUUUGAUUUUGUUGUUGUUGAUGUUGUUGUUGUUGAUGAUGUUAAUGUUGAUAUUGUUGUUGUUGAUGUUGCUGUUGUCGUUGUUUUUUAUUUGACCUUGAUGGCCGGACCAGUCCUUACUAUCCUUCCUUCUUAACAUCUUCUUUUCACCGGGUUUAAGCUAGUUUUCCACGGUUGUCCAAGCUGUCACACACACACACACACACACACACACACACACACACACACACAAACACACACACAAACACAUCUAAACAUGCACACACGUACUGUAAAAACUCACGUACACACAUCAAACAGUAUUUAAAGUGUGAUGCAACCGUUGGCAGCCCAACCUUGUUUUCUAUGUCUCAUCACUUUUGCGAUUCUUUCACACACCGUGGGUGCAUUCCACCUCUCUCUCUCUCUCUCUCUCUUUCUUUCUUUCUUUCUUUCUCUCUCUCUCUCUCUCUCUCUCUCUCUCUCUCUAUCUAUCUCUCUCUCUCAGAUCCUGCAGGGAAAACUUUAGGAAACAGAUUGGGGAAUGUUGCUCGCUACGCUCCGACACAUUGCUUUCAGCUUUCUCCUGUUAGUUAUUUCUGUCCUCGGUCUCUUUAUCUCUUUAAUUCAAUUCAACCAUAACUCAACCAUUUCUCAGCAGACUGAGCUUCAGUGUUGAACUCAACUCAACGUUUGACCACAUGUUAAUCUCACGUGGACAUCACCAAACCUAGGUCACUUUUUUUGGGUAUGUGGCCCACCCAGUAUACCAGAUGAGUGGUGUUUGCUGCAUAUUGCACAUCAGGUAAGAAAGCGUUCAAAUCUGACUUUAGAAAUCAUUGCAUAAACUUUAUUGUAUUUAAUGGUACUGACAUAACCAGGCAGCCAAUUUUUUUAGUCACUGUGGAGAAGUCAUAGACAUGCUUAAAAAGAUUCAAAAUUUUACAGAAAUAAGCUAAUUCACUCCUGAGACGAGAAGAUCGAUUUCACUCUCUCGUCAGUCGGAUAAAUACGAAGCUACUGCCAGCAGCUGGUUAGCUUAGCUGAGCACAAAGACUGUAAACAGGGGGAAACAGCUAGCCUGGCUCUGUUCAAAGGUAACAAAAUCCGUCCACCAGCACCUCCAAAGCUAAUUAACACGUUAUAUCUCGUUUGUUCAUUCAAAACAAGGUGUGGAAACAAUACAAUAUUUUUCCAGGAGUUAAUGUGCCAGACUGUUUCUUGGACAGGCACAGUAAUGCACUGAAGUCUUGUCAUCACCGUGAAGGUUGGCAGGCAACCAGAGACUCCAGCAAAUUACAGCGAAGAAAAGUGGCACAAUUCCUUUAAAACACAUCAGAGAAGAAGCAGAAUUGACUUUUUUACUCACUGAGAGAACCUCUCAGCAAUCUUUGUUUGCAUUGCGAGACUACCAUCACUCUGUGACACUAACAAGGCACAGAAGAGAUGUGUUUAAAGGCUAGAAAAGGGCCUGUCUUGAACAUCCCCCUGAUCAUUUGCCCAACACAAGCAGGGGAGGUCAGCACACCUGUGGGAACUAACUAGGCUCCUCACCAGCCAUAACAAGAUGUUGAUGGCAGCUCUUUCCUCGACCCCACCACUGAGUGUCAGUUACACCCCUGGUUGUCCCAAUUUGUUGCACAAACAACCCUGUCUCAUCUUAACCUGUCUUUCCAUUGGGGGGCCGUGUGAGGUUUUCAGUGAUUUCAUCUCAGUGGAUUGUCCCCCUGAAGAAAUUGCCUGUGGGACAGCGACCAUUUCUGCUCCCAUUACAGCAGCCUUUGUGUCUGCUCUGUUCGCCCAUGUCCACCAGCACUGCCCCGCUGUGGCGCUACAGCGCUAAAAAGACCCGUUUUUUUUUUUUUCACUGCUUCACUGGCACCAUUAAUGUGCCAUGGCCAAGCCGGGCUCCUUUUGCUCUCAUUUUCCUUCAUUCUCUCCCUCUUCCCCCACUCUCUGAGGUUUCUUCUCUUUAUUGGAUGGUGCAGAAGCAGAACCACAAACCAAUUUCAGUCACUCUCGCAAUGAGGCUUGACGGGCCAAUUUGUCUCCCUCCGGGGCAAUAGGAUCCACUCCAGUGUCCCUCAAAAGACCCUUUUCUUCCAGACAGAGGGAGCUUUUUGUUUGGUGACAAUUGCAAUUGAGCUCUUGCAGUUCAUGUGACUCAUUCAAAUCGAAGUCCUGCGCUGCAUUUCGGGGGGUGGGGGUGGGGUGGGGGGACAUGAUGGCAUGUUGUGCACAUUACAGGCAAGCUAUGUCAUCAUGCGUGGCGAUGUUUGUAACGAACAAUCAAAUUGUUACAUCGAGUGCCUUGAAACAAAGCUUCCAAAUGAUUCCAAAUUAUCUGUGUGAUAGUUAAAGUAAAGAACAAAGCACAUGGAAAAAGCUUGUCUGAUUCAGCUGUGCUAAAGAAAUGCUACACAAUAUCGAAGCCACUCUAUGGUGCUAAAUGGGAAGCAGUCUCGGGCUUGUGCCUUCAUUGUGUUCACUGAUGUCUGUGACAAGCUGGCCACUGUUGAUCAUUUGGCCAUGAACUCGCUCCACCUGUCCACUUGAUGACGAAGAAGAAGAAACGCAGCUUCCUGAAGUGAACUACACCAUCAAAGCCAUACGUCCAUGAUCUUUCUCCUCAGUCGCAAUGUAAAUACCUGCUGUAAGUUAUUUUCUUCCACCCACCAACGGAAGUCAAAGCCAAAUGUGCCAUUCAAACUGUCUCUCGAUGACCGUUCAGCUGUUUAUUGUCCAAUCAAAUCAACACCUGCCCUUUUCUUUUCAUCUGCUCUGACACUCAACAUCUGCCUUCACUUCCCUCAAGGCUCUGAUUUGCUCUUAUCUCCAAAGGAAUGAUUCUUUGCCACAUAGCAGUUUCUAACAGCUGACAAAUGUUGGGUUUUAGAGCUCCCUGGACUUCCCCUCAUCACUCAUUUGUUCAUCAUUGUCACAUGAACUCACUGUAACCAUUUCGAGUCAUUUCAAGUGUCCUAUUUAAACAAUGGAGCUGCUAAACUAUAACUUUACCAGUUUUAAGCUAGUAUGUGUGUGUCUGUGUGCGUGUGUGUGUGAGGAGUUGGUUCAACUUUCAGUGAGGAUAUGAACACAGCAUAGCUAUAACCAAGUUCUCUAGACUUUUACAGCUGCUGUUUUAUAGUAGAGAAGACAUUUUGGAGCUUAAUAGGACUCAUAAUGCAGGAGUUGCACAUCGGAGAGCAGAGCAUCCUACAAAUGGCCUAGAUUCAAUAGUAAUAGCAUUAUGGGUACAGCCAAGAGAUUAUGGAAAAACUGCACAACAAAGAAUAUCAGCUCUAUUUUGCUAAUGGAAAUUCAAGUAAGAAAAAGAUGUUAGGGCAGGUGUUUGCUUUUGGUGUAUGCUACCAAUAUUUUACAGAUCUGAGAGAUUACCCGACUGAGAAAAAAAACAGAAAUGGCUUUUUUCUUAAUAGCACAAUGGCAUAAUGUAUCUUUUCAGAAUACCAAUACCUUUGUGGAAGUGUAUAGAAGGCAUGCUUGCAAUUUUAAGGAGGCUGUAGCAGAAACACUCUGCUCAGUCCAUGUGUCAGCACAAACCAGGAGCCAGCUAUACCAAGAGAGAAAGUGUGUGUGUGUGUGUGUGUGUGUGUGUGUGUGUGUGUGUAAGGAAAGGAGAAGGGGAUCAUUAGCUCCUGUUGCCGGGCAGAAGUGGUCAUUGCCUGGAGAUUCUCCGUCUUUAUGCGGCACUGUGUCCCCUUAAAGAACUCCAGGAGGUGACAAGCUUGACCCGUCGCUAAUUAGGAAACACACAUACAUUUCCACCACUCGACAUCCAUCCGUGUCUCAGCUACAUCGCCUUCCUUCUCCUUCCACAUCAGCGUCCUCUUCAGCUUUAGGUAAGAAGUCAAAGACUUCAGUCUGCUGCUCUUUCAUCAUUUUAAGGAUCUCACCCACUCUUAGUGAAGAUCCAGGAAACCAUUUUACUUCAACACGACCUCAUGUCUUCUUGUGUUCAUUUUGACACUUCUCACUAAUCUACACUGACGCCGUACAUGUGGCCCAUGCAUGCGAGCAACGACCACUUGGUGAAACAUGACGCUGCCACCAAUAUCUUUGUGAAACAGGCUCAUGGAUUACUGGAAAAGUUGUCACUUUUGCAUUCAUUAUUUCCUGUUAGCAGGGAUAGUGGGUUGGACGUCUUUGUUGGCAUUUUACUGAGUAAAAGUCAGGAUGAUAUUGUUUGCUG